AUGUCCUUUGAAGAUUUACACAAGGCCACUGCGCAAGCUUUGACCAAGGCCGUCGACGAAUUAGUCGCCGAAUUCGAAGUCACUCCUGCUAAAUUGGAUGAAUUGACCGCUUAUUUCAUUGAACAAAUGGAAAAGGGUUUGAAACCAACAGCUGACAAGGCUACCGACUUGGGUCUACCAAUGAUUCCAUCCUACGUCACCGGUAUUCCAAAUGGUACCGAAAAGGGUGUCCUUUUGGCCGCCGAUUUGGGUGGUACCAACUUCAGAGUUUGUUCCGUCGAAUUGAACGGUGAUCACACUUACAACAUGGAACAAAUGAAGGCUAAGAUCCCAGAUGAAUUAUUGGAUGACGAUACCGCCACUUCUGAACAAUUGUUCGGUUUCUUGGCUAGAAGAACUUUGGCAUUCAUGAAGAAAUUCCAUCCUGAAAUCUUGGAACAAGGUGAUGCUGCUAAGCCUGUCAAAUUGGGGUUCACCUUCUCAUACCCUGUCGAUCAAACUUCUUUGAACUCUGGUACUUUAAUCAGAUGGACUAAGGGGUUCAAGAUCCCUGACACUGUCGGUAAGGAUGUCGUCGAAUUGUACCAAACUGCAUUGAAGAAAGCCGGUUUACCAAUGGUUAACGUCGUUGCCUUGACUAACGAUACCGUCGGUACUUUGUUGUCUCACGGUUACACUUCCGAUAACACUGAUUCCAUGACCACUGGUGAAAUCUCUGAACCAAUAAUUGGUUGUAUCUUUGGUACCGGUACUAAUGGUUGUUACAUGGAAGAAAUUGAAAAAAUCACCAAGUUACCAGAAGAUUUAAAGAAGAAAUUAUUGGCUCAAGGUAAGACCCACAUGAUUAUUAACACUGAAUGGGGUUCCUUCGAUAACGAAUUGAAGCACUUACCAGCUACUAAGUAUGAUAUCGCUAUCGAUAAGGCUUCUGCUAACCCAGGUUUCCAUUUAUUCGAAAAGCGUGUCUCCGGUAUGUACUUGGGUGAAGUCCUAAGAUGUGUCUUGGUCGAUCUAUACAAGCGUGGGUUGAUCUUCUCUCAAUACAGAUCCGAAAAGCAAUUGCCUCACCGUUUGCAAACUGAGUUCGAAUUGGAUUCCGAAGUCUUAUCUCAUAUUGAAAUUGAUGACUCCACCGGUCUACGUGAAACUGAAUUGUCUUUGCUACAAAGUUUAAGAUUACCAACUUCUCCAUCUGAAAGAAUUGAAAUUCAAAAGUUGGUCAGAGCCAUUUCUCGUAGAUCCGCCUACUUGGCCGCCGUUCCAAUCGCUGCCAUCAUCAUCAAGACCGGUGUUUUGAAUAAGAGAUACCAUGGUGAAGUGGAAGUCGGUUGUGAUGGGUCCGUCAUCGAAUACUACCCAGGUUUCAGAUCUAUGUUGAGACACGCCUUGGCUAUCUCUCCAUUGGGAGCUGAGGGUGAACGUAAGGUGCAUCUCAAACUGGCUAAGGACGGCAGUGGCACAGGUGCCGCAUUAUGUGCUCUUGUAGCCUAA